AUGGCGUCUCCCGCGCAGAAGCGCGCCAACGUCGUAGUAUCCAGGCUCAUUCCGCCUGUUUUACUCGGCGCUGUGGUGUACGCUUCUUAUGCGGUCACGAAACCAUUAUGCAUCGACUAUCUAAUUCAUCCGUUACCCUCCCAUAACCGAGGCCCCCGAGUCGGCGCUGGCGCCGCGAUCAUCGCGAUCUAUUACGUCCUUUUAAUCCCUAUGGUCGUUUCAUAUCUGCAUCUUUAUUACCAAGUCCUGUGGAAUCCCGGGUACCUUCCCCUCGGUGAACAAAAACUGGCGGAUGACGAGAACGAAAAGCAAUCGAAGCGCCGGCGUGGGAAGAAAAGCACGCGCAAACCCGAUCCGGAGAAGACAAUCCGGGCAGACGCGGAUGUGGAGAGAGGCUCGAACUCUACUGCUGUAGGCACCGCAGGUCAGUCAGAUCCUGGGCUGGAGAGCUUCUACACAAAAGAUGUCUUCGUCUGUCAGGCGGAUGGCCGGCCCCUGUGGUGCACCACGUGCUGCCAGUACAAGACGGACAGGGCGCACCACUGUCGCGAGUUGGGUCGAUGUGUGCGCAAAAUGGAUCAUUUUUGUCCUUGGGUUGGAGGCGUGGUGUCCGAGACAUCGUUCAAAUUCUUCAUUCAAUUCGUUGCUUAUACUUGCAUAUUCUGUACCUUUGCCCUUAUAGUGUGUGCUUAUUUUACAGCGGAGAUCCGACGCCAGACCGGAGGAGUAAACCCCCAUUGGUGUGUCUGUAUCGGACUGAGCGGCCUUUUUGCCUUCUUCACCGCCGGAAUGACCCUGAGCUCAGUCCAAAUGGGCAUAUUCAAUAUCACAACAAUCGAAAACCUAAACCGACGCAGUGCCGUCUGGACCCUUGCCAUCCGUGUCCCAGAACACCUCCUCGAGCGACUCUGGGUAGCAGAGUCCCCCUGGGCUCCGACAUUCCGCAUGGUCUCUUACCCAUUACAAGCACCAUCAACUCCAACCCAACCGCAAACAACAAACCCCUCAGGCGAACGCCACGUCUUCGCCAUCCUCCACACUCUGCCGGGCGAGAAUCCCUUCGACCUAGGUAGCCCAUUGAAAAACCUCCAGCAGGUCAUGGGAUACAACAUUUUCGAUUGGCUGCUGCCGAUCAAGAAGAGCCCGUGUGCCGACCAUAGCAGCAUGGAGAGUAAUUUUGCGCUGGGACCCGUGGUGACCCGCUUGCGGCUGGAGGCUGGACUGGCCCCGCCGCCCGAGAACGGGGCUGCUGUUCCGCAGCCCCCACAUUCGGGGCGUAGCCACCGGGAAAAAUCUCCUAGCGAUCAAUAG